AUGUUCGGAAUUCCGAAAUUUUUCGGUUGGAGAGGCAGAGCCCUCAACUUGGCGAUUAGUUCCCUAGGAAGUCUUGAUUUCUUACUUUUUGGAUACGACCAAGGCGUCACUGGGGGACUACUAGAUCUUCCAUCUUUCACCAAAUACUUUCACGAUAUUGAUACCGCGGAUCCAGCCAUACAAGAUUAUCCAGCAAUCAGAUCCCAGCGCAGCUUGAAUCAAGGCAUUGCAGUUUCGUCAUAUAAUCUGGGCUGCUUUUUCGGUGCUAUUCUGACGGUGUUCAUUGGAAACCCACUUGGCCGACGAAGAACUAUUUUCUGUGGCUGUGUCAUCAUGGCUACAGGUGCCUUAUUGCAAGCCACUGCUUUCCACCUGCCUCAUUUCAUUGUUGGACGUAUCGUAACCGGGGUGGGAAAUGGAAUGAAUACAAGCACUGUGCCAACAUGGCAGUCAGAGUCUGCAAAAUCCCACGACCGUGGUAAGAUGGUUAUGAUCGAGGGAAUGCUCAUUACCGCAGGUAUCACCCUUAGUUAUUGGAUCAAUUAUGGAUUUUCAUUUAUCGGGGAAAGUGAGGUGGCCUGGCGGUUUCCGCUUGCCUUCCAGAUUCUUUUCGCUGUCGUGAUCUUCACUUCUAUUAUUCACCUUCCUGAGUCUCCACGAUGGCUUGUAAUGCAAGGGCGGGACGAUGAUGCUUUGGAGAUCCUAGAAUGUCUCAACGAAAGAUCUCGCGAUGACCCUUAUAUCAAAAAUGAGCUUUUAGCCAUUCAAGAAACCGUCAAAGAGAUGUCCAAGGGAUCGUAUAGAAGUCUUUUCGAUAUGAGCGAGUAUCGCGAAUUUCAUCGAGUGGCCCUUGCCUAUAUCAACCAAAUGUUCCAACAGAUAUCUGGAAUCAACCUCAUUACUUACUAUGCACCAUCCCUCUAUAGGGAGAUAGGUCUCGGGGAAGGUAACCUUCCCAAGUUGCUAGCUGCUUGCAACGGCACAGAGUAUCUGAUGGCUGCCUUUAUCCCUAUCUUCAUCAUUGAAAAAGUUGGACGCCGUCCACUUAUGCUUUUUGGGGCUGCUGGCAUGGCAAUCUCCAUGGCUGUCCUUGCUGGUACCAACUAUCGCCUGACCGUGCUUGGUGACCAGCAGGCGGGAAUCGGCCAAGCCGUGUUCUUAUUCGUAUUCAACACAUUCUUCGCCAUCGGUUGGCUUGGAAUGACCUGGUUAUACCCGGCAGAGAUUGUACCUCUGCGCAUCCGUGCCCCGACGAAUGCACUAGCCACAAGUGCAAACUGGAUUUUCAACUUCAUGGUCGUCAUGAUUACUCCUGUCGCCUUUGAUAGCAUUGGGUACAAAACUUAUAUCAUAUUCGCUGUUAUAAAUGCUUUCAUCUUUCCUUUCGUGUACUUCUUCUUCCCUGAAACACGCUACAGGUCUCUUGAGGAGAUGGAUGCCAUAUUCAAGAAGUCUACAAACGUAUUCAACGCCGUUUCGAUCUCCAUCAAAGAGCCCUACCGCUACGAUAAGCAUGGUCAGCUGAAACCUGAGUAUCUCGAGGAAUCCGUUCUUUACGAGACAAAUUCUGUGCACGAUGCAGGACAUAAGCUGGAUAGCGAUGAGAGUGGACAGAAGAUGAACGUGUGA